AGCUGAUCGCGCUGGUUUGGAUGUGUUUUCACCUCUUCGCGGCUGUUGGAGCUAACAGCGAGAACCACUUGCUCAGCGUCUCAGCCCAGUACGAUCACUACAUCUGUCCAGAGGGCAGCAACGUUACAAUGGUGUGUUUGCAGUCUGGUGCCCUGGCAUCUCCCAAGGACCAUCUGCAGCACGUCUGGCUCUACACGCCCCACAUGGACCAGCAGUGCACACCGAAAAACCACCCGCGCUUGCACCACAAAGGUUACCCAAACCAAACGCUGGGCAUACUGCACAAUGCCCAAGCCUCAUCCUUUAGCAUCACUCUGCUGGAUGUUAAGCAGACUGACCAGGGCCGCUACUGCUGCAUGGCACUGGACCUGGUGAUCCAGGGCAAGCACAAACCCAUCGCACAGCAGCAUCCACACAGCCAUAUGCUGCUCACCAUCACACCACGUCGCAAUGAUAGUUUAAAGUGCUACAAGACGUCCCCGCCUCCUCCACAAGGCUCAGUGGCUGCAGGUCUCGCUACAACAGCGUGCAUUGUGGGUAUUCUGUGUCUGCCCAUCUUAUUGGUGUUGGUGUACCGACAGAGACAGAGAACGCAAGGGAGUCGACGUGCACACGAGCUGGUCCGCAUGGACAGUGAGGCUCAGGGUCAUGAGAACCCAUUGUAUUUAGAAGGUUCUCCUAAGCCUAAAGGUCGCACAGUGUCUCAGAUUCUGACCCGCCAGACGUCUGAAACAGGACUGCACCUUCUGUCCAACCCUGGGACCCCGUUUAGCCCAAACACACAAGGAGAUGUGUUCUUCCCAGCCCAAGAACCUAUCCCAGAGUUGCCCGACUUCCAGCAGGUGUAGGAUGACGAGAUUUCAUUUAUCUUGGUCCCUCCCCAGCACUUUUCUAUCUCCCUCUGUCCUGCCUCAUAACUCCAUUCCUUCUACCUUCUCUGUGAUGAGGAGGUCCAGAAGGACAAACCUCUACCUGCUUAAACAGCCUCAGUACAGGAGAAACCCACCAUGAAUCUCACCAUGCAGCGGGGGGUCACUUUUCAUCGCAUCUCAAACAGACUGGAAUGAUCCAAGCAUGAAAUCAAUAGGGGUUGAAUUUUGAAGAAAGUGUUAGGGGUUUGUUGCUUUUUUAUUGUACAUCUCAUGUCAUAUCAGAUGAGCUCUAAAGCUGUGGUCACAAUUGACCUAGGUGGGACAAGGAGAUUGUUGAUAGUGAAAGUGAAAGACUAGAAUGAUAAAUCAAAUCCUACAUAAACGCAAGCUAGCCAACCUAGCUAACUCAGCUCAACAGCAGUAAAUAAUAUAGUUAUUUUCAUUACACUUCCUUUACUUCAACUGCUUUAUUCUGGUCAGGGUCAUGGCAGGUCUUGUUCCACAGGGAAACACUGGACACAGGGCAGGAAUACCCCAGACAGGGCGUCACCACCAGACAUCGCCAAUCAUGUCUGUGUAGACGCCCGGCCGACCCAUAGGACCGCUCAGAUUCAAACCCGGAAGUCAGCUGUGGUGGGUGCGUGGCAGGAAUACUCUGGACAGGACAUCAAUCCAUUGCAGGGAUUGGUGUCAC